AUUGUUCCUUCCUUGGCCAACUCAUCUGACAAAAUAUUCAAAUUUUCCCAACAAAAAAAUAAACCAUCAUCAUCAUCUUCACCACCAUCACCACCAAACACUUUCAAGCUCUUUUUUUUUUUUUUGCACAAUCACAAACACAGCAGAAAAAAAAGCACUUCAACAACAACAACAUAAAAUUCUCAUUUUUUUUGGGUGUUUGGUUUUUCGUUAACAUCAUCAUCAUAAUCAUUAUCAUUAUAACAAUUUUCUCUUUCCUUUCUUUGAGGGAGGUUGUUUUUCGCAACAACCUCAACCUCCUCGCUUCCAACCUCGUAACUUUCGCUUUCAGUAAUGGAAUGCUUUUCGAGAUUUGGCAAAUGCAUUUCUGGAUUUUGUUUUUUCACUUUUUCUCCGUUUUCUAUAACCACUUCAUAACCAUUCAAACCCUUAUCCCUUUUCCUUUUUUUUUCUUCAACAUUUUCCCCUUUUCAUUUUCAUUUGCAUUUUCCUCUUAAAAUCUCAAAUGUGUUCUUCUUCAAUUCCCCUCUUUUACACAAUUCGCAACAUGGGUCGGUGAAAUCUUGACUUCGCCAUGUCAAUUUGAACAAAAAGAUUCAAUUUUUCUAUUUGUUUGAAAUUUUCCAUUAAAAAAAUUCAUUUUUUUUGGUUUUACGAACAUGAUGUUAUCAGCUUCACCAUCUUCUCUUGCGAGAAGCUCUUUGGAAGAGAUGCUUGAAUCUCUUCGGCAGAGAGACGAAAGUGAGAAGCCUAAAGACCUACCUCCGGCAUUGCCAGCUAGGCCGAUGUCGAGAGGUAGGUUGCCGCCGGCGAGAAGGUCUUUGCCUAAAAGCUUUAAGGUGGAUGGAGAAGGGCAAAUGGGGCAUAGGAGGAAAGGGAGUUUUGGGAACAAGAAGUUAAUGUUGGAUGUUGAAUCUCCUUACGUGGUUGUGUCUGAAGAGAAUUGUGUUAGUGAACAACCUUCACCUGUUCCUGUUUUUUCUGUUGCUGUUGAUGAUUCUUCUGUUGCUUCUGUGGCUCCGCCGUCACCGGAAUUGGAGGAGGAUGACAAUGUUUCUUAUUUCAUCAAAAAGAAACUUCAUGUUUGGUGUAGGCAACCAAAAGGGAAGUGGGGUCUGGGAAGAAUACAAUCAACUUCAGGAGAACAAGCAUCGGUUUCACUCUCAAAUGGAAAUGUUAUGACAGUGGCUAGAACAGAGCUCCUUCCGGCUAAUCCUGAUAUUUUAGAGGGUGUGGAUGAUCUUAUACAGCUCAGUUAUUUGAACGAGCCCUCGGUUGUUCACAAUCUUCAGUUUAGAUAUUCUCAAAAUAUGAUAUAUAGUAAAGCAGGCCCAAUUUUAAUUGCACUCAAUCCCUUCAAAGAUGUACAAAUUUAUGGAAACGAGUAUGUCUCUGCUUAUAGAAAUAAGUCUCUUGAUAGUCCUCACGUUUAUGCUAUGGUAGAUGCAGCUUAUAAUGAGAUGAUAGGAGAUGAAGUAAAUCAGUCCAUUAUCAUAAGUGGCGAGAGUGGAGCUGGGAAAACCGAAACAGCGAAAAUUGCGAUGCAAUACUUAGCUGCUCUUGGUGGUGGAAGUUGUGGGAUAGAAAAUGAAGUUCUUCAGACAAAUGUUAUACUAGAAGCUUUUGGCAAUGCAAAAACAUCCAGGAAUGACAACUCUAGCAGAUUUGGGAAGUUGAUUGAAAUUCAUUUCAGCGCAACAGGAAAAAUGUGUGGGGCUAAAAUUCAAACCUUUCUAUUAGAAAAGUCAAGAGUUGUUCAAUUGGCUGAUGGCGAGAGGUCAUAUCACAUAUUUUAUCAACUUUGUGCUGGAUCUUCACCUGAUAUUAAAGCUAGACUAAAUCUUAGAGCAGCCAGCGAAUAUAAGUAUCUAAAUCAAAGUGACUGCAUGACAAUUGAUGGGGUUGAUGACGCGAAAAAGUUUCAUAGGCUGAAGAAAGCAUUGGAUGUCGUUCAAAUGUGCAAAGAGGAUCAAGAGCGAGCCUUUAAAAUGAUUGCUGCGGUAUUGUGGCUGGGAAAUAUAUCAUUCCAAGAUAAUGAUAAUGAUAAUCACAUUGAAGUGGUGAACGAUGAAGCUGUAAGCAACGCUGCUUCGCUGAUGGGUUGCAGUUCUCAGGAGCUAAUAACAGUAUUAUCUACACAUAAAAUUAAAGCUGGCAAGGAUACUAUCACCAAAACACUGACAUUACGACAGGCAAUUGAUGCAAGAGAUGCAUUAGCAAAAUUCAUCUAUGCCAACUUAUUUGACUGGCUUGUAGAACAAGUUAACAAGUCACUUGAAGUUGGUAAACGACGAACUGGGAGAUCUAUAAGUAUCCUUGAUAUUUAUGGGUUUGAGUCAUUCCAGAAAAACAGCUUUGAACAGCUUUGCAUAAACUAUGCCAAUGAGAGGCUUCAACAACAUUUCAAUCGGCAUCUGUUUAAAUUGGAGCAGCAGGACUAUGAAAUAGAUGGUGUUGAUUGGACCAAAGUAGACUUUGAAGACAAUCAGGAGUGUUUGGAUCUUUUUGAAAAGAAGCCUAUUGGGCUACUCUCUCUGUUGGACGAGGAAUCAAAUUUCCCAAGGGCCACUGAUCUAACACUUGCCAACAAACUUAGGCAGCACCUUCAAGCUAAUCCCCGUUUUAAAGGGGAAUGGGGAAAGGGUUUCAGUGUUUGUCAUUAUGCAGGAGAGGUCGUGUAUGAUACAAAUGGCUUUCUAGAAAAGAACAGAGAUCCAAUGCCUUCUGAUUCUAUUCAACUACUAUCGUCAUGUAGUUGUAAACUGCUGCAGUCGUUCACCAAGUCGCUUAACCAGUCUCAGAAGCAAUCAAAUUCUCAGCAUGUAGGUGCUUUAGAUUCACAAAAGCAGAGUGUUGGCACAAAGUUCAAGGGUCAAUUAUUCAAGUUGAUGCAUCAGUUGGAGAGCACGACGCCUCACUUUAUUCGCUGUAUAAAGCCAAAUGCUAAGCAACUUCCUGGCAUAUAUGAUGAAGAUCUUGUUAUCCAGCAGCUCAAGUGUUGUGGAGUUUUGGAGGUUGUUAGGAUUUCAAGGGCCGGAUAUCCUACUCGAAUGACACAUCAAGAGUUUGCCGAAAGGUAUGGCUUUCUGAUAUAUGAGGCUUACACAUCUCAAGAUCCGUUGAGUGUCUCGGUUGCUGUUUUGCAACAAUUUAAUAUCCCUCCUGAAAUGUACCAAGUUGGCUUCACCAAACUAUAUCUUCGAACGGGGCAGGUUGGUGCACUCGAGGAUAAGAGAAAACAUGUUAUGCAGGGUGUACUCGGGGUUCAAAAAUGUGCUCGCGGUCAUCAAGCUCGCAGUCAUUAUAAUAAACUUAAGAAUGGAGCGGCAACUUUACAAUCAUUUGUUCGUGGAGAAAUUGCGAGAAGGAAAUAUGGUGUUAUGGUGAAGUCUUCUAUAACUAUUUCUUCUGAAAAUAUUGAGGAAAUACAGGCUAUCAUAACACUACAAUCUGUAAUCCGUGGGUGGUUGGUUCGAAAGCAUGAUAGUAGAUUUAAUAAGUUCAGGAAAUAUCUUGAGAAUGGAAAAUCUAGGCGAAGAUCGCGUUCGAAGAUUCCAGAAGACAAGGAUUCACCGAAAGAUCGGGUCCAAAACCUGCCUUCGGCUUUAGCAGAACUCCAAAAGCGGGUUGCCAAGGCCGAAGCAACUAUAGAGCAAAAAGAAGAGGAAAACACCGAGUUGAGGGAACAGCUAAAACAAUUUGAGAAAAGGUGGAUUGAAUACGAGAAGAAGAUGAAAACAAUGGAGGAAAUGUGGCAGAGACAAAUGUCAUCUUUGCAAAUGAGUCUUGCUGCUGCUAGAACCAGCCUUGCAUCUGAGAACGUGAACGGUCAACCUUCAAGACAUGAUAUUGCACCUACAUUGCCUUUCUGUUAUGAUUCUGAGGACGCCACGUCAAUUGGAUCUCGAACGCCUCGAACUCCCGGUUGCAGCACACCUUUGAAAUAUACUAGCAGUCUUUCUGAAGCCAGAGCAACAGUGAGAGACGGCCACAGUACUUUAAGCAAUCUGAUGAGAGAGUUCGAGCACCGCAAACAGACGUUCGAUGACGAUGCAAGAGCUUUGGUUGAGGUUAAAUCAACAGGGCAUUCUACGCAGCCGAAUGCCAUUGAUGAAUUGCGGAAACUCAAACACGUGUUCGAAGGGUGGAAGAAAGAUUACAAGACUAGAUUAAGGGAGACAAAAGCGAGAAUUAAAUUAGGGAAUUCGGAAAUGGAAAAAAGUCGGCGGAAAUGGUGGGGGAAAUUGAGCUCUAGAGCACUAUAACAUUACAAAAUGUUCUCUUUGCCAAAACAAAAUUGGAAAAUGAUUGUUACACUAGUGUGAACUAGUUGGUGAAGGGAAAAUGUAUUGUAAAUCUAUCAAUUUUGUUACAUGGUGGAAAUUGUGUUGUAUAGCUGUAGUAGUUUAGGUUUGAAUAGUUGUAAUGAGUAGUCUAGUUUUACUGUGUACAUUUUUGUUGUUACUGUAAUGUAAAACAUUGCCUAAGGGUAUAGAUAGUGAGUGUUCAUAUCUUCAUUGUAAGGAA